UCCUCUGAAACCUUCAUUCGGACACUUUCUACACUUAAAAGGGAUCCAGUUAAGAACUCUCACGCAAAACUCUUGGCGUUCGACAUUCUCUCACUAAGCCGGCGUAAUAUAUCAUCUCCAUCAUCAUCCUCAAAUACUGUCAUCUUCUAUCGAAAAUCUCAACAAAUUUGCAGAGUUGAAACCCUCGGCGUGGUUGUGACUAGAGAAUUCAAGGCGGGAAAAUCCCUAAAGUUCUUAAUCGACGAUGGUACUGGUUGUGUCUCAUGCAUUCUCUGGUUGAACCAACUUACUUCUUCUCACUUCUCUAGAAAAAUCCCUGAUGAUGUUCGGAUCUUGGCAGAAAUUGCUAACAAUCACUCCUCUAAGAUACAAAUUGGUCGGCUUGCUAGAAUUCGCGGUCGCGUUACAGUUUAUAGAGGAAAGAUAGAGAUUACUGUAACAGAUGUUGUAAUCGAGAGAGAUCCAAAUGCAGAGAUUCUACACUGGUUAGACUGUGUUAAGUUAGCUCGGAAUUGUUAUGAUGUUGUUGCUCCUAAUGUCCAAUGAAGGUUACCCAUUUGUUGGGAACACAAGUUAGGGUUUGAAUGAGUAAAUGUAUGACUAAUUCUACUCCAUUUUGUAACCCUCUUAACAGAAUCUAAUACAUAUUUCCAUU